UUUUUGACAUUUGGUGUUUAAAGUCGAAAUUGUCAAAAAUUCAUUCAUUUGUGUUCGAACAGAAGAAGUGGAUGUCAUAAUUUUCAUACAAAUUCAAAUUUCACUGUUAUCGAUUGUUACUCGUUUAAUGUGUCGGAAUAUAAACGCAUAAAUUGAAUAAAAAUGUUAAAUUCAUUUUUUCGAGGCCUACUAGGCACUGAAGAAUCCCCGACAAAGGUAAUAGAAGUGCGUUCAGACAAUUAUGUUUCAAGGCCGAUACAUUACAGAGAAGAUUCUAUGUUAUUAUACGGCCCUAAAAUCCAGGAUGGAAAGAAUAAUUCAAAGGACAAAUAUUUUGAAAUUAUUCUACACAAGCCAUUCACAGAGAGCACGCAUCAAAUGUACAGCCUGUUUCGAUCAGAAAGCCAAGAAAGUGCAGAGGAGAAGUUUAUUGUAUACAAAGAGAGAAUACCAGUUUACAUCAAAAUAACUAAAGAAUGUACAAUAGCAAGUCUCCAAAAACUAUGCGACACGUUAUCUGAGCACCAAUCUUGGUCCAUAGCUCACCUCGCAGCUCACUUUGGAAUCUACGAGCUGUUUAACGACCCAGAAGUCCAGGCGCAUCUGAAUGAGGUGGACCCGGCUACGGGAGCUACGCCGUUGAUGGUGGCUGUAAAGUCGUGUAACGUCCGCAUGGUCCAAUGCCUAGUCUCCUUACAAUGUUCCUUAGACACUGUCGAUCUAGACGGCAACACCGUGUUCCAUUACGCAGCGGCCAGCAACAAGGAGAUUAUCAAUGCACUUGCAAGCAAAACAGCGACCUCCCUCAAUGUGUACAACAAGCAAGGAUACACGCCUUUACACAUGGGCUGCCUCGCCAACGCGCCCGACUGCGUGCGAGCGUUACUGUUGGCUGGGGCCGAUGUUAAUCUGGCCGCCAAGAGACAGUCAACUGCUUACACCACCAACGCUAUACCAGGUAUCGUCGGCGACGUACUCCAAGACAACCAACCCAAACUAUACCAACAAGACAUGAAGUACGGAGGCACGCCUCUCCACUGGUCAGUCUCUCGCGAAGUCAUCGAAGCCUUGGUGGACAAGAACUGUGAUAUCAACGCGAUGAACUUUGACGGCCGCACAGCGUUGCAUGUCAUGGUUCUAAGAGGAAGAUUGGAGUGUGCUAUAGCGCUGUUGUCUAGAGGCGCGGAACACUCCAUAACAGAUAAUGAAGGAAACACCCCCCUACACUUAGCGGUGAAACAAACGAACAUAUCUUUAGUCGAAGCAUUGAUAGUGUUUGGCGCUGAUUUAGAAGCGCUGAAUAAUUCUGGCUACACCGCCCGACAUAUGGUGCCCUGUGAAAUGUCUAGUAGUAACUACGACAAGAUAUUGUAUGUGCUACACGCCGUGGGAGCUCAGAGGUGCUCGGCGGAAGUAGCCGGCUGCGGGCCCGGCUGCGCGGCGCGCGGGGACUACAACGGCGUGCCGCCGCCCAGCGUGCCCCGCCCGGCGGCCCGUGACGUCAUCAGCCACAUGCUCAGCGUGGCGGCCAUGGAGCGCGCCGCCAGCUUGUCUCCCAGCGGCAAGCAGGGACGCCUCCUCUGCCUCGACGGCGGCGGUAUCCGCGGACUGGUCCUAGUUCAAAUCCUAAUUAACCUAGAAGCCGCCAUCGGCCGGCCCAUCAUCCACUGCUUCGACUGGGUAGCUGGCACUAGUACUGGAGGGAUCUUAGCUUUAGCCCUAGCCAGUGGGAAGACACUGCAAGAAUGCCAAAGGCUGUAUUUCCGUAUGAAGGAGUACGCAUUCGUUGGUAUGAGGCCAUACCCUUCAGAAGCUUUGGAGACCAUAUUGAAGGAUAAUUUAGGUACGGAAACCGUGAUGGCGGACCUGACUCAUCCGAAGCUGAUGAUCCUCGCGCUGCUGGCAGACAGGAAACCGGUGGACCUGCAUAUAUUCAGGAACUACCAGUCAGCACAGGAAAUCCUGGACGCACAUAAUAAGACUAGCCCGCGUGUGAGCGAGGCGGGCGACGCGAUAGGUCUGGCGCCGCCGCCGCCGCCCAGCCAGCAGCUGGUGUGGCAGGCGGCCCGCGCCACCGGCGCUGCGCCCUCAUACUUCACCGCCUCGGGCAGAUAUCUCGACGGCGGCUUAAUGGGGAACAAUCCCACGUUAGACGCUUUAUCUGAACUCGCAGAAAUGCGAUUGGCACUAAGAGCCACCGGGCAAAUCGAGGAAGCACGCAAGACUGACUUGAAAGUUGUGGUUUCGUGUGGCACAGGUAUAAAUCCUCUGUGCAAGAUCAAGGAUUUCGACGUGUUCAAGCCCGAGAGCGUAUGGGGCGUGGCCAAGCUGGCCUGGGGACUCUCCGCCAUUGGCAAUCUUCUGGUUGAUCAGGCCACACAAUCCGACGGUCGCGUGGUCGAGCGCGCCCGCGCCUGGUGUUCCACCCUCGGCGUCCCCUACUACCGCUUCUCCCCGCCCAUGUCGAAGGACGUGGCCAUGGACGAGCGCUCGGACGAGCUGCUCGUGCGCAUGCUGUGGGAGACGCACGCCUACAUGCGCGAGCACCGCGACCGCGUCGCCGAGCUCGCCGCGCUGCUCGCCGAGCCCCUCUGUCGAGAGUCACAAGGGGAAAAAUAAUGUUAGUCUGCAAUCGUGUGAGUACCAUAAAUACUUAACGGCUGGAUUAUGGCUAACUGGCGGAAAUAGACUAACUUAAAUAUUAUAGAAUAUUUGUGUAUAUAGGAAAGUUAUACAUACAAUACGUUUAGUGAAAUAUAUUUUGUUGCUAUAUCAAUGAUAUAUGAUACAUAUUUUAGCUAUGUUGUAUAUUUGUAGUCGCAAGUUAUAGGUAGCUCUCGCAUAAUAUUUCGUUUAGUGUAUUAGUUCGGGUAUUUAACAGUUGUAGAUCUGGGUAAUUCCACGAGACUGUAACGUCAGUUACCAAUUCUUUCCUGUGUUACAUUAAUUAAGCAAAAAGUAUCCAGAUUUCUACCUGUAGGGCUACGUCAGACAUUAAAUUUGCUUGAUUAACACACGAAAGAAUUGAUAACUGACGUUACAGUCUCGUGGAAUUACCCAUCACUGUUUGUCCUGUGUUAAAAUGAAUAUUUUUAUUUUGCAUAUGAAAUGAACUGCGUAAAACAUUGAAUAAAUACAGAAAGUUGAAAACCUUUGUAGUUCAAGUAUUUGCAGGUUAAGUUAAAGCUUUUGCAGGCUUUAUUUUUUUCUGCUUUAGGUAUUUAUUCAACUCUAUAGGUUCUCCGUUCAUUCACGUUUUAGUUUCAUAGGUCGUACCAAAGAGAAUUGAUUGUAAUAGAGAAGUAAAGUCUAAGAAAAAACGUAAACGUACCUAGCAUCCAAAACAGAUGGCGCAGUACAGUGCCAUAUGUUUUGCGGUCACUGAAUUGUCAAACGUCAACUUUUGACAAUUAGAGUUACCGCAAAAUGUAUAGAGCUGUACAGCGCCAUCUCGUUUACCUGUCAAAUUCGAAGCACGAAAUUGUCUUAGAUUUUACACAUCUCACUCAAUCAAGGUAUGUCUUUGGUCGUACGUAAAUGUACAAAUUUGUUAAUUUAAUUUAUUAUUUGUUGUUUAGUUGAUAAUACACUGUUAUGAUUUUAUUUUAUUUCGUAUAUAAUGGGUAAUUAUUUAAUUAUUAUACUAGUAUAGGAAUAAGCUUAGUUUAGCAUUUUUCACGAAUUAUACCAGAAUAAUAUGAAAUACAGUGUAAAGUAACUAUAUUCUCUCUUCUUACUGACCAAUGAAAAUGUCUGACAUAUUUCUUACACUCAUAUUCUAAUCUAAAAAUAUAUAACGAAUUUAUAACCGAAUACAAUAAAUAAAAUAUCGAAGGUGAAUGAGGUUAUAAGUGUUAUAACGAUCUUAUGAUUGUUUCACUGGACACAAUGUAAUAACUAAUGAAAUUCAUCUUUAUCUAUUAUAAGGCUUCAAUUAAAUUGUAGCUCUUGUAUACAAAGUUUGUAAGUAUCGCUAGCACAAAUAUCAUUUGUUCAAGUGCAUUCUGUGUAAACAGCUUUAUUGUAUAUUAAUAAAUGAAGAAAUAUAUGUGAACAAUUAAUAAAAAGUAUGGAUAAAUAACUACUUUGUUAACAUAUCACUGUUGCAUGCAAUAGAUUUUGAACUUCAUUCAAUUCUUAGGUUUUAAAUAAUUGGCUGAAUCAACUUUUUUUUGUUAGAAAAAAUUGACAUACUUUUACUAAAAGUGAUAAAAAAAUAUUCGGAUUUUAUGUAAUUAUUUUUUUCUUAUUAUAUAAAAAUAGAUAAACAAGCUACGUAAUGCAAUAGUUUUUGUCAAAAUUUCAUAUUUUAUUACUUGUUUAAGAGCAGUAACCCAGGGGACAAAACUGUCCCACACUUUUCUAUGAAAAUAAGGCUUCGUCCACUGGGUCACCAAGUUUUUAAAUUAAAGUUUUACGUAUUUUUAUGUCUGCCGGAUCUGGCAUAACAUUAAGGUUCUUGUUUCAUUUUGACCAUGCUAAAACAAUUCUUGCAAAGGACAAGAAAAAGUUGAUUCACCCACGUAUCGAAUCUUAUCUUACGCAAAAUAGGCACCAGUCGUCAAGUUGCUGCAACCUGCCCAUGCUGCAAUCCAUGGUUCUGUAUUGUACAAUACAGUACGCGUAUACGUACUUACGUAUAAACAUUUUUGGCACAAAUGUACCGCGUUUGCUAUUAAGUUAGUGUAUCUUACAGAUAUUACGUAUGGUAAAUAUGUAUAAUAUCGUACAAUAUUUCAUUGCAAUAAAAUUUGCUCGUUUUUCCUGGAUACGAGUUUUGUUAAUUUAAUAAGAGAAAUUAUUGUCUCUUAAUAUGUUGUCCAUGAGUCAUGACAUACUAAGUUAGUAACUAUAAUGAAUAAUAUUUAAGGAAACCAAUGACUUUUGAUUCGAUAAAUUGAUCUUUGUUUCUAUCGAGAGCAACCGCCUUGGAACCAGCACCGUUAUUGCGUUUCAUGUACCUUUAACCUCUAGCGUCCCACGGCCCUAAUACUAGUACAAAUUACCUCCAAAGAAAUUUGAAUCAUCAUUAAAUGGAACAGAGUUGCUUUUGCCUUGUUUAUUUCUAUUCUCUAAAACCAUGGAUUCAAAAACUGCCAAUCUUUCUGGUAUGGGCCGUAGUCGUAAGUCGUAGUUAAAUAUAUAUUGACACUACUCCGUAAUAAGGAGAAAAUUUUAGGUACGCCGAUAGCCACGUGACGACAAGGAACGCAACCUCACACCACUAUUCUCAUCAUCUCAGGUGGAUGCUUACCGAGACAUGCUUGUAAUUUUUUACAGUCGCCAUCAGAUAUAUCGGAGCGCCCGAGGUGCUCAAAAGUGUCUGAACUGAACACGUAUUCUGGCGCCUUGACAAUAGAGGCGUGAUCAGGUAUUUGUCCGCUCCGAUAUACAUAUCUGAUGACGAGUGAAGGUAAUUUAUGGAUGAAUUACUGUCAACAAGCUCGAUGAAAGCACUGAACAUGCUUGUUUAGUUUAAAUUUAUUUACCAAAUUAUAUGGAAAUACUAUUAGUAGUCAUAAAAUUAAUUUUGUAAGAUUAAAAUUAAUUCAAGGAGCAAAUGUGAUAAACCUAGUUAAUUUUAUACUGUUGCUCGGCUGAUAACAAUAAAAAGUGAAGUAUCAAA